AGGGUUUCCAACGUGGAAGUGAAGGAGGAGAGGGAGAAGAAGAAGAAGUAGGAGGAAGAAAAGGGGAAAACGCAAAGAAAAAAAGAGGAAGAUAGAUCAAGAUCUCCCUUGCGUUUGUCUCAGUUGAAGAAAUUCAAGAGCAGAACGAGACUAACUCAACGGUAUCAGACGUUUCAGGGUUUCAGCACUUCCAUUUUUUUUUUUUCCGGAUUUGAGUUGGAAGAAGAUCAAAGAGCUAAGUCCAAUUUGAAUGCUCAUAACUUGAGCCAGGAAAAUUGUUUUUGAUUGAACCAGUGGGGUUUGAAAGAUAAUAAGUUCUUGGUCCAUUAAGUUUCAGAAUUCUUUAACCACAGGCCCAGGGAUUGCUCCUGGUGCAUAAAAAUGCAGACCAUAGUCGUGCUGAAUUCUGAUGUAAAUCAGUCUACUUUGAAGGAUCAUAAGUUGGGUAAAGAAACUCCAAUUUGUGUGAUCCUGAGCUUGUUGGAAAGCUUAGAAAAUCUAUUUUUGGUGGUAAAAUAUCAGAAUUUAUUUCAUUGUUCCUAGUUGCUUGGAUUGUUCCUCUGGGUGGUGGAGACUUUGUGUAUUUUUAAAAUAUUGACAAUUCAAAAUGCCAAAGGAGAGAAGGGAUAGGUCUUUGUCACAUGAAAGUAGCAGAGCCUCACCUUACCCUAGCAGCUCUAGUCGUGUUGGAAGAUCUUCUCUUAAAGAGUCAGAGGAAAAUGUUAAAGAAUGGGAAGAAGCUAGGUGUCCAGUGUGCAUGGAACACCCUCACAAUGCAGUUCUCCUCAUAUGUUCAUCCCACGAGAAGGGAUGCCGCCCUUACAUGUGCAACACUAGUUAUCGCCACUCAAACUGUCUUGAUCAGUUCUGCAAGUCUUUUGCAGACACCUCAUCAACCAUUCCUCAAGUAGAAGGUCAAAUUUCAGAUACUUUUGAAAGUAGAAUUGAUGUGCCCGAAGACAGAAAUGAGGGGACUGUCCAAAGUAGAAUUGAUGUGCCAGAAGACAGAAGUGAGGGUUUGGUUACAAUGCAAGCCUUAUCCUGCGAAAAUGAUGCAAAAUCAAAGUUAGUAUGCCCUUUAUGUAGAGGGAAAAUAAAAGAGUGGAAAGUAGUGGAGGCGGCUCGUCAUUUCAUGAAUGAAAAAUCAAGGAAUUGUUCUUGUGAGACUUGCAACUUCAGUGGCACAUACCCAGAUCUUAGGAACCAUGCAAGACUUGAACAUCCUCUCGAGCGCCCAUCUGCGGUAGACCCAGAGCGUCAGCGUAGCUGGAGGAGGUUGGAGCGCCAGAGGGAUCUUGGCGACCUCCUUAGCACACUUCAAACUUCAUUUGGGGUUGAUGACCCCAUAGAUGAUGGUGGUCUGCUGGCUGUGUUUUUCCUCAUUCUUCAGCCUGCUUCCAUGUCCAGGGGUACCACACUCCAAAUGCGAAUAAGGAGACCCACUACUACACUCUGGGGGGAAAAUUAUGAUGGACAAUCUGGAUCUGAUGAUGCAAACGAAUCUUCAGAUGGAGGCUCUGAUAAUAGACCUCGCCGUGUCCGGAGGCGGCGGACACCUCCACCAUGACUUGCAAAUGGGUCAAAUUUGAAUUAUCAUUGAUCCUGGCUCGCCUUCUUCCUCACCCUUCUACCUUUCCCGAUGCUCAUGAAUACAUGUCGGUUAUUAAAUGUUAUAAGUAUAUUUAAUAUUUUUGCCAUCUUUCCCAAGGAUUCUGAACGAUUGAGCUUGAAAUAAAAUUUACUGUUGUGCAUAUUUUUUUUAA